GAUGAAGCGCCGGAGCAGGACUCAGGAGACGAAGAAGGCCCAGUGGUGCCCCUGCCGCGGCGGAAGGUGCAAGUGAUCCCAAUUAUUCUCAAGACGAAAAGCGUAAGCCAGUUCGACAUGCUCAUGGAGGAGAUCGAUAGAGUUCAGGAAAGCUAUGGAGUUCGCAUCGUUAUCGUCCAUGGAGGUCUUGGCCCCGUCAUUCCCAAGGACAUUGUCCACGCAGAGGUGGAGAAACCUUAG